AUGCUAUCUCAACGACUAACCCGACGAGCCCCUCAUCUGGUCCAGUCGGCACGUAGAUUCUCAUCGACCCCAUAUGGCAGAUUGCGCACCACCGAGCUUUUCGAAGGUGGUCUGGAAACCCUCAAAGUAAGCCCUGAUAGGCUUUGGGACACGAUCCAUUCAACCGCCCAAUGGACCGAACCGAGAAGCACACCCGCUGAAGACAUCAGAACGGCUGGUCUCGCAAGGUUGACCCUCAGUCAGGAAGACAAACAGGCCCGCGACUGGUUUGUGGAGACCACAAAGUCGCUAGGCUGCAAGACGUAUGUCGACCAAAUCGGCAACAUCUUCGCCAUUCGACCUGGCUUGAACAAUGGCGAUACACCAGCAACCUUUGUCGGGAGUCAUCUCGACUCCCAACCCAGCGGAGGAAGAUUCGAUGGUGUCCUCGGCGUGACCGCUGGCAUUGAGAUGCUCAGGGUGCUCAACGACAAUUGGAUCGAGACUGAGGGACCAGUAGGCGUGGUCAACUGGACGAACGAAGAGGGCGCAAAGUAUCCCGUCAGCAUGAUGGGCAGCGGCGUCUGGUCGGGACGAAUACCACUGGAGACGGCGUGGAAUGUGAAAAGCGUCACUCCCGGUCCCGUCACGACGGUCAGACAGGAACUGGAACGGAUCGGGUACAUGGGGAGUGUACCGGCGAGUUACAAUGGCGGGAUACCCAUCGGGGCACAUUUCGAACUGCAUAUCGAACAAGGGCCUAAACUUGAGGUCUCCGAGCAGAAAGUCGGCGUCGUCCAAGGUGUGCAGGCUUACAAGUGGUUUACUCUGACGUUUACGGGACGGGAAGCACAUGCUGGGACUACGGAUCUCGAGCACAGGUCAGACGCCCUACAUACUGCUGCGCAUUUCAUGCUCGAAGUCAGAAGCAUAGCAAAGGAGUUGAAUGGUCUUGCGACUGUUGGGUUGUUGACGGUAUCACCUGGCAGUGUCAAUACUAUUCCCGGGCAGGUCAAGAUGAGUCUUGAUGUUCGACAUCCUUCUGACGACGGGUUAAGUGAGAUGGUCAAGAGGGUCCAAAAUCUGUGUCAAUGGUAUGCAACACAUGUGUCUUCCUGGUGCGGUCCCCCUGGUCCUACGGUCACCAUGGAGGAGGAUUUCACGAGUAGUGCUGUCUUAUUCCACGAAGAAGCUAUCAAGUGUGUUGAGGAGAGUGCUGCGAGUGUGCUUGGGGACGGGCAUGCCAGUCUGAUGCAGCGAAUGACCAGUGGCGCAGGGCAUGAUAGUGUGUGCACGAACAUGCAUUGUCCUACUGCUAUGAUAUUCAUCCCUAGCAAGGACGGCGUCAGUCACAAUCCCAGCGAGUGGUCCGAGAAGGAGGAGUGCGCCACAGGUGCCAGUGUGCUGUUGCAGUCGGUUCUAAGAAUGGACAAAUUGCGGAAGGACAGGGGAGACUUUGAUUGA